CUUAAUCUUUCAUACAACUCCUUAGACUCUUCUAUCCCUUCUGAACUUGGUCUUUGUACAAACCUCACCCACUUGUCCCUGGCUUCCAAUAAACUCGAUGGGGAACUGCAACUGUUCUUGUCCAAUCUGAACAACCUCGUCGAAUUGAGUUUAGCUAAUAACCGAAUCUAUGGCACGAUUCCACCUUCGAUAGGCCAACUCAGGGAGCUCCAGUACCUUAAUCUUUCAUACAACUCCUUAGACUCUUCUAUCCCUUCUGAACUUGGUCUUUGUACAAACCUCACCCACUUGUCCCUGGCUUCCAAUAAACUCGAUGGGGAACUGCAACUGUUCUUGUCCAAUCUGAACAACCUCGUCGAAUUGAGUUUAGCUAAUAACCGAAUCUAUGGCACGAUUCCACCUUCGAUAGGCCAACUCAGGGAGCUCCAGUACCUUGAUCUUUCAUACAACUCCUUAAACUCAUCAAUCCCUUCUGAACUUGGUCUUUGUACAAACCUCACCCACUUGUCCUUGUCUUCCAAUAAACUCAAUGGGGAACUGCCUCUGUCCUUGUCCAAUCUGAACAACCUCAUUGAAUUGGGUUUAGAUAAUAAUCUAUUUACUGGUCAAAUCCUUCCUUCCCUGGUCUCCAAUUGGAUUCAUAUGGAAUCUUUGCAACUUCAGUCCAAUGAACUAAGUGGGAAGAUUCCGACGGAAGUUAGAAAUAUGGGCUUUCUGUUGACGCUUAAUCUAAGAAGGAACCACUUGACAGGAGUGAUCCCUCAGAUUCUAGGCAAUUUAGCUCAACUUGACCUGCUCGAUUUGUCACACAACCAUCUUUCGGGGCAAAUCCCAUCAUUUGUCAACAGGUUUUUUCCUCAUGGUUUUAAUUUUUCUUAUAACAACUUGACUGGCCGAAUCCCAUGCGAUUUAGCAUGGGCACCAGAAAAUGCUUUUGUUGGAAACUCUGGGUUGCAUGGGUAUGAUGUAGACUCGUGUGUAGACGGUAUACCCCCUCGACACAACAGAAAUUUCAAAAAGGAUAACAAAAGAGUUCUAAUUGGUAUCCUUAUGCCUGUUUGUGGUUUAUUAAUGGUUACAACUGUCAUUGGUCUUAUGUUCCGUAAAAAAUCCAGUCUCGUUUUGAACAAAGUCAACACUUCUGAAAACUUUGAGAUUUUGGAGUCAAUGAUAUUGCAAGAGGAAGUAAAGUUUACGUUUGCGGAAGUUGUGAAGGCUGUAGAUGACUUUCAUGAGAAGCACUGCAUUGGGGCAGGAGGGUUUGGAAGGGUUUACAAGGCAGAGUUGCAAUCAGGCCAAGUUAUUGCAGUUAAAAGGCUUAACAUGUCAGACUCUAAUGAUAUUCCAGCAAUCAAUCUCCAUAGCUUUCAGAAUGAAAUCCGAACUUUGACAAGCAUCCGGCACCGGAACAUCAUAAGGCUCUAUGGCUUCUGUUCAAGAAGGGGGGGUUGCAUAUUCCUGCUUUAUGAAUACUUAGAGAGAGGAAGCCUGGGAAAAGCUUUGUAUGGAGUUGAAGGUGUUAAUGAACUUGUUUGGGCUACUAGAGUCAAAAUUGUGCAAGGACUUGCUCAUGCACUUUCUUACUUGCACCAUGAUUGCUCUCCACCAAUUGUGCACCGUGACAUAACCGUCAACAAUGUAUUGCUUGAGUCUGAUUUUGAGGUUCGUCUCUCAGAUUUCGGAAUAGCCAGGUUAUUGAGUACAGAUUCAUCCAACUGGACAGAUAUCGCUGGUUCAUUUGGCUACAUAGCACCAGAGCUUGCAUACACUAUGCGAGUCACGGAUAAAUGUGAUGUAUAUAGCUUUGGAGUGGUGGCGCUCGAAGUCAUGAUGGGAAGGCACCCAGGAGAUAUGCUAGAGUCCCAACUACAAGAAUCAUCAAAAUCAAGGAGGGACAAUGUAGAAUUGCUCCUGAAAGAUUUGUUAGACCAAAGGUUGGAACAGCCAACCAAUGAAUCUGCAAAGGCAGUGGUGCUUGUAGUGACAAUGGCCUUGGCCUGUGUACGAACGCGUCCAGCGUCCAGACCUACGAUGUUAUUUACGGCACAAAAACUCUCGGCUCAAACCCUGCCUUGCCUUCCCGAACCAUUUGGUAUGUUGACAAUCAACAAGCUAAUGGCACUAUAAAUAAUAAAACAAAAAAAAAAAAAAAGGGCGAAUAGCUCAAACUUCCCUUUUAUAUUCCUGCCACUCGCAAUUCCAUCUAAUUUCUCAUGUAAUACAUCUUCAGUACUGUAAUUACUUAUCUGUAUGAUUUGUCGAAUGUGGAUUAAUGUGUGAUGAAUUUUCUUAA